AUGAGCUACGGAAGGCCGCCGCCGGACGUGGAGGGGAUGACCUCCCUGAAAGUGGACAACCUGACAUACCGGACCUCACCGGAGACUCUGAGGAGAGUUUUUGAGAAAUACGGCCGCGUUGGAGACGUAUAUAUCCCCCGGGACAGGUACACCAAGGAGAGCCGUGGGUUUGCCUUCGUGCGGUUCCUCGAUAAGCGCGACGCAGAGGACGCCAUGGACGCGAUGGACGGAGCGCUGCUGGACGGGAGGGAGCUGAGGGUGCAGAUGGCCCGGUACGGAAGACCCCCCGACUCCAUGUACGGCCGGAGAGGGGCUCCGCCACGCAGAUACGGAGGGUACGGUCGCAGAAGCAGAAGGUAAAGCCGGGGGUUAAGACCCAGCUCAGAAACUGAAAAGAGGACGAGCACGUGGUGAACUAUUAACUUCCGGCAAACUUUCCUGCAAAAACAACCUUUUAAUUUACACUCAUUUUGUACUUUGUUUUGCUGUUGUCUUAUGGUUCUUGUGUUCAAUCAAUCAAACUUGAUUUAUUAAGCGCUUUUCCUACAAGUCAUGUUUAAAACAAACAAAAAAAAACUAUCCCAGAUAGGGUCGACUGAUCCGAUAUCUGAUAUCGGCAUUGUCCGAUACUGACGAAAAUUCUGGAUCGGGUAUCGUGACAAUGGGCCCGAUACAUACGGCCGAUCUAUUCAGUCUAACGCUAUGCUAUGCCCUUUUUUUUCCCAAAAUGGAGCGCGCAAAAGGGGUCUGUUAUCUCGAAUUUUUAUCACAAUACCUCAGUUUACAAUCUUGACGGCCAUUUGCAACACCUGUGAAGUAAACGUUCUGAGGGGCAGUGGUAAAACUUAAGGUUACAACAAAAUGUAAUUCAGCGCGGCUUUUCUGUAUUGGAAUUGGAUGGGUAUCGGCCAGUACCAAACUGUAGAUAUCUAUAUCGGAGGUGAAAAAAAGCAGAUUGGUGCAUCCCUAAUUCUAGAUGCCCUCCCCCCACACGCCAAUACACCCGCACAUACAAACAUCAAGAUAAUGGGACAUGAGGCUGAGUACAGAUGAACCCUUUGAGAAAGCGCCGUCAGCACCAGGAGCAGAGAGCCGCCUGCAGCCACAGGACACCAAGACCCCUGCAGCCGCUAGCAGCCACUGCUCCCUGUGCUGAGGGCUCCUUUAGACGAAGCACCAGGGUUCCUAAAAAUAAAAAAAGGAUAAAAACAAGUAAACUAAAAAAUGAAUACCUAAAAUACACCUAGGCUAACUAGAAUACAUGAAGAUAAAACAAAUAUCAAUUAAAAGCUAAGCUAAAAAUGGUGGGUCUUGAGCCUGCUCUUAAAAAGAUGAAAGUUCUCUGUGGCCCUGAGGCCCUCUGGUAGGCUGUACCAUAGACGAGGGAGGACCAAGAUCAUUAAGACAUAAGACAACUAGUAAAAGAACCUUCAAAUCAAUCCUAAAACACACAGGGAGCCAAUGCAAUUUUUUGUGUCCCUUUCUACAGCCGGUCAGCGAGUCCCCGCCGAAGGGGGAGACGCAGCCGCAGCCGUUCCAGGAGCAGAAGCCGCAGCCGAUCCAGGAGCCGUCACCACUACAGCCGCUCCAGGUCCCGCUCCUACUCAAGAUCCCGUUCCAAGUCGAAGUCAAAGUCCAGAACCCCCAGGCGCAGCAAGUCGAAGUCUCCUUCCAGGUCUCGGUCCCGCUCCAGGUCCAAGUCGAGGAGCCGAACCCCACCUUCCAAUAGAGGAUCCAAAUCAAGGUCCAGGUCCAGGUCCAACUCCAAGUGUAGGCCUAAAUCUCCAGAGGACAACGGAGAAGAGUCUUAA